UUCAGUUCGAUGGUGUGUAGAAUCUGUGGCGUCAGUUUGUUUGUAAACAGUCAUCGUGGUGCUUAAUAUGAAGUGUGUUGUGUAAGUGGUUAAGAUAGUUGCCAGAUCGAUAACAGAAUAUGGAAUGUGAUCCGAAUAAAAAACCGGAGCCACCAUUGAAACGAUACCGGAGAGAAGAAAAAACUUCCAGCUCAGAAAGUGAAGGUGACUAUGUUCCAUAUGUGCCUGUUAAACUACGGAAGAAGGAACAGCUCGUCAAAUUAGGAAGGCUGACUCAGUUAAAGGAGGAAUGGAAUAAAGGAAAAUCAUCAAGUGAAAAUGAACGAGACAAUGAAGAUGAUGAGGAUGGUCAAGUAUGGGGCAGGAAGUCAAACAUCAGUCUACUUGAUCAGCAUACUGAACUCAAGAAGAUGGCUGAAGCCAAGAAGGAAAGUGCAAUGGAGAGACAACUUAAGGAAGAAGAGAAAAUAUUGGAGAGUGUAGCAGAAAAAAAGGCUCUGAUGGGUGUAGCAGAACUGGCAAAAGGCAUUCAAUAUGAAGACCCAAUAAAAACAAGUUGGAAACCACCACAGCAUGUCUUAAGCAUGUCAGAAGCGAGACACGAGCGUGUUCGCAAGAAAUUGAGAAUUCUAGUUGAAGGGGAUGAUGUACCACCACCCAUAAAAAGCUUCAGAGCAAUGAAAUUUCCUCGUGGUGUUUUGGCAGGACUUGAAAAGAAGGGCAUCAUUAAACCAACUCCAAUUCAGGUCCAAGGAAUACCCACAGUGUUGUCUGGGCGUGACAUGAUUGGUAUUGCAUUCACUGGUAGUGGGAAAACACUGGUAUUUGUGCUGCCCCUAAUAAUGUUCUGCUUGGAACAGGAGACUCGCCUUCCCUUUAUCAAAAAUGAGGGACCUUAUGGCUUGAUAAUAUGCCCAUCACGUGAGUUGGCAAAACAAACACAUGAUAUCAUAACACACUACUGCUCUUCACUACAGCAACAUGGUGCACCAGAAAUCAGAUGCUGUCUUGCUAUUGGCGGAGUACCAGUCGCAGAAUCUAUUGAGAUCAUUAGCAAAGGAGUACAUAUCAUGGUGGCCACUCCAGGUCGUCUCAUGGACAUGCUAGACAAGAAAAUGGUACGACUAGAUGUCUGCAGAUACUUGUGCAUGGAUGAAGCUGAUAGGAUGAUUGACAUGGGAUUCGAAGAAGAUGUCAGAACAAUUUUCUCAUUUUUCAAGGGGCAAAGGCAGACACUGCUGUUCUCAGCUACAAUGCCAAAAAAAAUACAGAAUUUUGCCCGGUCAGCACUUGUGAAGCCAGUUACAAUUAAUGUGGGCCGAGCUGGUGCAGCUUCAAUGAAUGUUAUUCAGGAAGUUGAAUAUGUGAAACAAGAAGCAAAGAUUGUUUAUCUUCUGGAAUGUCUCCAGAAGACUCCUCCUCCUGUUCUGAUAUUUGCUGAAAAGAAACAAGAUGUGGAUGCUAUACAUGAAUAUUUGCUGCUAAAGGGAGUAGAAGCAGUGGCCAUUCAUGGUGGCAAAGAUCAGGAGGAACGGUCUCGUUCUGUGGAUGCAUUUCGAAAGGGACAGAAAGAUGUUCUGGUUGCUACUGAUGUUGCAUCAAAGGGCUUAGAUUUUGCUGAUGUUCAACAUGUCAUUAAUUAUGACAUGCCAGAUGAUGUAGAGAAUUAUGUUCAUCGUAUUGGGAGAACAGGCCGUUCUGGCAAGACAGGAAUUGCUACAACAUUUAUCAAUAAAGCUAAUGAUGAAUCCGUGCUUCUUGAUCUGAAGCAUUUGCUAAUUGAAGCAAAGCAAAAAGUUCCACCAUUCCUUGCUGCUCUUCAGUCUGAAAAUGAGAAAUACCUUGAGCUUGGGGAUGAACGUGGCUGCAGCUACUGUGGUGGCCUUGGGCAUAGAAUCACUGACUGUCCAAAGCUGGAAGCUAUCCAGAACAAGCAAGCAUCCAAUAUUGGAAGGAGAGACUAUCUUGCAAGCAAUGCUGCAGAUUAUUAGAUUAUACCACUAUACUGUUAAAAGAACUGUUUUUUUACUUGUAUUUUACAGAUUAAGUUAAUUAAAUGAUGUUUCUUCUGUGUUUUGAAAA